AGAGGUUUCUAUUUGUCAAUGAAUAAAAUAUAAAAAAGAUAAAAUAAAAUUUAUAGUGAUGGGCUCGCGUUGUUGUUAUUGUGGGAAGCACAAUUAGAAUUGGAAUCCAAGUCCAACACACACACACACAGAGUCGUAGUCAUCACAUAACAAUUAAGAAUACAUAACAAGCGGCGGGAUACCAGCAUGCAAUUGCAAUUCUAAUUUCAUUUGUAAAUCGUUACUUUCCUGUACGUGCGGCGAUCCGAUAGGCCCGUUUUCUCUCUCUAAAUCUCUCCUCCGUUCCUCCGUCACGGUGAAACGUACAACACCUUGAACUCGCCGCCGCCGCCGUCUUCAUCACCGUCAUCGCCAUUUCAAAACUUUCCUUUUUAUUCACUCGUAUAUACGUCACGAUUUCUCAUCGCUUGAUUUUGCAGUUAUUGAUAUACGAUCAAUAAUGCCCCAAAAGUCAAAUCCUGUGAGCCUUUCCGUUCUUCUACGUAAAAUUGAUCUCUCACUCCUCAUUCUUCUUUAGUCUUCUCGACGUUUACGCGUCUGGAUAAUUUUUUUUUCCGCUUUUGUUUUUUUUAAGAAAAAGUAUUGUAGAAUUUCGAUUCGACGAUCUCCUGAGAGCUGUAUCACCGUGGUGUUUGACGUUCAAUAGGACUUUUUUUAUAUAAUAAUUAUUUGAUUAGCGGUUGGUUGGUUCAAAUGGAGAAGAAGAAGUAUCCAGUCGGAGCAGAGCACUAUGAGCUGUAUGAGGAAAUAGGGCAAGGUGUCAGUGCCUCGGUUUUUCGAGCCAUGUGCAUCCCGAACAAGGAGAUUGUUGCAGUUAAGGUGCUUGAUUUUGAACGUAGCAACAGCGAUUUGAACAAUAUAUCGCGUGAAGCUCAGACAAUGAUCCUGGUUGAUCAUCCAAAUGUUCUUAAAUCACAUUGUUCCUUUGUAAAUGACCAUAACCUAUGGGUGGUCAUGCCUUUCAUGCCUGGUGGAUCUUGCCUACAUAUACUGAAGUCUUGCCAUCCGGAAGGUUUUGAGGAAGUUGUUAUUGCAACUAUACUGCGUGAGACAUUAAAGGCGUUGGAAUAUCUUCACCAUCAUGGCCACAUUCAUCGAGAUGUCAAAGCUGGAAACAUUCUGAUUUGUGAUACUGGUGCAAUCAAGCUGGGAGAUCUUGGUGUUUCUGCUUGUUUAUUUGAUUCUGGUGAUAGACAACGCUUAAGGAACACAUUUGUUGGGACACCUUGCUGGAUGGCACCUGAGGUUAUGGAACAAUUGCAUGGCUAUGACUUCAAGGCUGAUAUCUGGUCUUUUGGUAUAACGGCUCUUGAGCUUGCUCAUGGGCAUGCUCCUUUCUCAAAAUACCCCCCAAUGAAGGUUUUGCUCAUGACCUUGCAAAAUGCACCUCCUGGUCUUGAUUAUGAGAGGGACAAGAAGUUUUCUAAGUCUUUUAAGCAGAUGAUUGCGAGUUGUCUUGUUAAAGAUCCUUCAAAACGUCCUUCUGCAAAGAAGCUUCUGAAGCAUUCUUUUUUCAGACAAGCUAGAACUAAUGAUUUUAUAGCACGUAAGCUGCUCGAAGGGCUUCCAACACUUGGUGAUCGCCUUCAAGCAUUGAAGAGAAAAGAAGAAGAUAUGCUUGUUCAAAAGAAAAUACCCGAUGGACAAAAGGAGGAAAUGUCACAGAACGAAUAUAAAAGAGGGAUCAGUGGUUGGAACUUCGAUCUUGAAGAUAUGAAAGCUCAAGCUUCCUUGAUCCAGGAUGAGGAUCCUAUACCUGACAAAGACCAAUUAGAGAAAUCGAUCUCUUUCAAUGGGACUGGUGCAGGUGAAAGGGAACUUCAGCAUCAAUUGUCAUACAUGAGCAGGGCUUUCACAUCUACUGAUGUAGCAGGAUCUGUUCCAUUUGUCAACUCUAUUGCAUCAUCUUCUAUGGGCGAAUGCGAGUCUGGAGAUGUUGCUAGUUCUUCCAAUGGACAUGUGACAUUGCGGACUUGUUCUCUUAAUGUCAACUCAGAUUUUAGUGGAAAAGCCUUAAAUGGCAUUGCAUCUCUUUCUCAAAAGCGGGUAGCUUCAUCUGGAUGCAUUGCUGCAAUGGAUGGGGACAAGUUACAAGGUCAGACUGCUAACUGCAAUGGAUCCGAUUCACUCCAGAUAGCAGAUGGGUUGACAUCUGAGUCAAUCUCCAAAGUUUCUUCAAAAACAACAUUAACUAAUGAUGAACAAGAUGAGAAAGCAAAGUGCCCAGUUGUUCAACAGAAAGGGCGUUUUAAAGUUACCUCUGAGAAUGCUGACAAUGAUAAGGUGGUUUCUUCUCCUGGAAUGCUAAAGAGUCCGAGCAUGAGGAUAAUAAUCGAACAUCCCAAUGGUCCUACAUCAAUGCAGGGAGAUGCUACAGAUCAAAGGGUAUCUAAUGGCAUUUUGAGUUCCACGAAGCCACUCUCAGUCUCUGCUGAUGACAUCACUAGACUAGAGAAAUCCAAGCUAGAUGCAGUGGAUGACAGGGAAAAGGAAUUACUUAACGAAAUAAGUGAAUUACAACGGAGGCUCUUAUGUGCACAGGAGGAGCUCCAGAAAUACAAAGCUGGAAAUUCCCAUGCAUGAGUUUUUUCAAAUCUUCAAUUGCCACCUAAUCACACGGAGCUUUUUUCAUCCGAGAUUGCCUACCAAAUAAAAAGGUUCAUAUUGGUCAACAUGCACAUAUACGUAAUUUUAGUUAUUAUUCGUUGUGGAAUACUUUAUGUUUUUCCCCUUUCUGAUUUGAAGUUUAACUUCUUUUAAGAGCCUACUCUUUCAUUUUUUUAUUGAUUUCGUAACACACUAUUUUCUAGUUAGUUAGGUUGUUAAACAUGGGAGCUCGGUUAUUUGGAUUUAUUAACAUAAAAGUUAAAAGUAUAUUCAUGUAAUGAACGACCUAAUUGGCAUAGAAUAAUCAGUUUACGUGUAUAUUGUAUAUUAAGAGGGUGAUUGGGAUUUGCUUAUUUGAAACAACUUAUGCUUUUUAAGUGCCUAUUAGAUUAUCUGGUGUCAAAAUGGAAUUUAAAAAAAAUUAUUUCGUGUUUGGUAUCCAAACGUAAUAACAUGAUAAUGAUAAGUUAUUUUUGUGUUUGGUGACAUUUAUACUUGUAAAUAUAAAAUUAUCAAUCAAUAAAUAAAUAAAGAGGAAGCAUGUUGUCAAAAACCCAUUAACGAUUGUGUUUGAUACCAAACUAAAAAGGAAUUGCUGUAUUAAAAGUGAAUAAACAUUUCACAUAAGCAAUCCCAAACACCUUUUACUGAUAUUCACUUGGCUAACAAGAUAUCUAACCAAACAAGGAGGUAUUGGAUUUCAUUCCAGUCAUAUACCAACUUGCUGAUCAAAAUGAGUCCUAAACACCCUUUAAAUGGACACAAAUACCAUGUAUAGCAACUUGUUAAGAAGUGUGUUUAACACCAUAUUGCAAGUUGGCAUAUUAGUAAUAAAAAAUAUUUAUUUCAUUACUCAACAAAGUAUUUCAUUCUAUUUUAAAAGGUUUUUGAACUAUUUUUUGUGUCUUUUAAAUCAUUGAUGUACGAAAUUACAUGUUAAUGAAAGCCAUGCUACUGAAGAUGAUGUGGCAUAUUUCAUGAUCACAUAGGUUACACUUAGAUGCUUUAGAUGCUGAUGUGACAUUGUAUUUGAUGAUGUGACACCUACUAUAACCCCACCCAAUUGCUUCUAUAUCUUCCAAAC